GUGGCCAAUGGUACCCAGGGUGAGGGUUGAGGGGGUGGGGUGAAAGGUGCCUCCUAAUUCGUGGUGCAGGUUUCUUCCAGCGCGUGUACUGGGCUAUCUGGUCGUCAUGGAGGCAGUCUUGACGGAGGAGCUUGAUGAGGAGGAGCAGCUGGUGAGAAGGCAUCGCAAAGAGAAGAAGGAGUUGCAAGCUAAAAUUCAGGGUAUGAAGAAUGCUGUUCCCAAGAAUGAUAAAAAGAGGAGGAAGCAACUGAUAGAAGAUGUGGCCAAGUUGGAAGCAGAAAUGGAACAGAAACAGAGAGAGGAACUGGAGCAAUUGAAGCUGACUUCUAAGGAAAAUAAGGACAAAAAAGCUGCCUUGGAAAAGGAGCGGGAAGAAAGGAUAGCUGAAGCGGAAAUUGAGAACUUAUCUGGAGCCAGACACAUAGAAAGUCAAAAACUUGCUCAGAUAUUGGCAGCCAGACAGUUGGAAAUUAAACAGAUUCCAUCGGAUGGCCACUGCAUGUAUCGAGCCAUUGAAGACCAACUGCAGGAACAGGAUUGCCCUGUGACUGUGUCUGCCUUAAGAAGACAGACUGCUGAAUAUAUGCAAAGCCACGUGGAAGACUUUCUGCCAUUUUUAACAAACCCUAAUACGGGAAAUACAUAUACUCUAGAAGAGUUUGGAAAGUACUGUGAUGAUGUUGUAAACACAGCUGCAUGGGGAGGUCAGCUUGAGCUAAGAGCACUAUCUCACAUUUUAGAAACACCAAUAGAAGUAAUACAAGCAGAUGCUCCUCCUAUUGUAGUUGGUGAAGAGUAUCCAAAAAACCCAUUAAUACUAGUGUAUAUGAGACACGCAUAUGGCUUAGGAGAACAUUACAAUUCUGUUACACCGUUGAUGAAUGCAGCUACUGAAAAUUGCAGCUAGUUUGCAAAAUGUUGUGCAAUUAUGUUUAAAUACAGUGUAUGCAUCUGAGUAUUCAUACCAAGUGCUGAAUUGUUCUAAAUGUUACUGAAAAACACAACUACCUUAAAUGAGCUUUAUGGCAAAGCUACUAACAAGUUUUUCAGAAAUGUGUCAGAGAUAAACUAAUAUCCCUUUGGUGAUAUUUUAAAAACUGUAAAAUCCAUUGUGGAGAACAUCAUUCAUAGACCAAGAUAGCACCCUGUUCACUGAUAUUUUCAUUGAUAUAAGACCUUGGACAAUCUGUUCUGUGUUGGAGUAAAUUUUAAGUAUUUUUCAUGUUGCUAAAAGCUUUCAGUAACUAUUUCAUUGUAACCUUUCUUGAAGAAGUGAAUUGACUCAGUCUCUUUGUCCUUCCAAUAUAUGGAGGGUGAUGAUAGCAGAUUUAACUAAUGCUUAUAAAUGAACUUGAUUAUUAUAGUAACCUUGUUAUUAAUGGAGCUAAUGCCUUGAAACUUUUUAUUUAACCCCAUCAAGGUGCAACUUAAGAAGCUUGUUUUAAUAUUUAAGAAUUUCUAAAUACUCAGUUGGGAAUCAGUUGUCGAGUUGAAAGAAGUAAGAAAAAUUCAAAGGCAACUAGGUUUCUGUAUCAGAUAAAAACCUCUAAAGAACUAGAGAUUAGCUUUUUAUUUUUAUGUAACUUAAAAAACAAAACAAGAACACAGCAGAUUACUGUAUCUUUCUAAUUUAUUAUUUAUUCCUUGCUGCUCCUUAAACUCUGGAAUUAGUACCAUCAUCUCUUAUUAUCUUCAUGACUACACAUUUUUAUAUUCUCUCUGUGUUUUCCUGUCACUACUUAGCUGGUUUGCUUUCCUUGCAGUCUUUUCUACUAAGAAACAGUUGAGGUGUCUCCCAUCCUCUACCUUGUACAAGUUGAGGGAGUAGCAAUGUUAGAGGAUCCAAGGUCAGUCACGUUUGCUUCAUAUUCUUCUUUUCCAGUUUGCCUUACAAGCUCUCAUCCUUUUUGCUUCAUUCUCUAGGAUUUGAAGAAAAUCUUUGUUCUUUGUUAUUUUGUUAGGCUUAUUAAUAUCACCUUCCCUUUAAUUCAGAUAUUUGAGAAUGUUUAUAUUGCAUGUAUGGAUAAAGUUGAAAGCCGCGGUCUGGAAGUCAAGAUUUGUAUAGUAAAAUCAGUACGCAGUAGUGUUAGGGGUCCGAGAUUUAUCUAGCUCCAGUUUCAGGUAACUCACAACGGUAUUCCUUCUGUAAAGAUAGUAGCCAUAUGUACAAACGUGUCUGGUCAUUUGCUAUGUAAGGAAGUAUUUGUGAAAAUGAGCCCUUUUUGGUUUGAUCUAUUUUUCCCAGAUUAGAAAUACUAAGUAGGUAGAUUUAUCAUCAAAUUUAUAAUAUUUCAUUUUUGUUUCUCCAUAAGUGCAACUCCUUUUUGUAAGUAAACAUUGUGUCUAUAAUAUUUAAAACGGGACGUCAGUCUCACAUGCCCUGCAGGUAACAGAUGUGAGACUCCAGCAGAGACUGGUAAUCUAGUGCAAGUAAGGCUACCCUUAAGGCAUCCUGAUUGCAAAGUUUAAAAAGCAUUCUGCCUGCCAAACAAAAUAUAUUCUGAAGGCUGCUUGUCUUGUAAUCUUGAUUUGAAUGUUUUUGGGUCUCAAAUUUAUAAAAGAAUGAAAUGGUAAAAUACUAAACAUCUUGGCUUUAUUUUAAAGUAAUAUGUUACUUUAAAAUUAAAAUAUAAACAAGAUAUUAUGAAACCUAGGUACUACGAAUUCCAUCUACAUCUGAAGUAUUCUAAAAUAACUUAUUGGUACUUUUUUUUCUUUUAACAACAAGCUAAGUAGUUUUCUUGAUUAUAGAUUUUUUUAAUUUUUAUUAUUAUUAAAAAGAUUAAAUAGCCAAUAUGGUUAUAAACGGAAACUCUGGUGACGUAAUGGUUAAGAGCUAUGGCUACUAAUCAAAAGGUCAGCAGUUUGAAUCUACCAGGUGCUCCUUAGAAACCAUAGGGGGCAGUUCUACUCUGUCUUACAGGGUCUCUAUGAGUUGAAAUCAACUUGAUGGUAACAGGUUUUUUAUGGUUAUAAACAAAAUGGGUAUGACUGGCUUCUGUUUUGUGAUAAGACUUCAGGUAAACAUCAUUUUAGCUGUAGCCUAAACGUGAAAUCUUUGAAAAUGGAAGAUGUUAAUUUAAAAGCUGCAUAUAGUAAUUUAGUUUGCUAAAUGGUGAUGGUCUAAUGAAAGGUUUAUGAGCUUUCUUUUGUCCUAACUCAGAAAAGUAUAUUUCAGAGUUCUGUAGUAUGUCUUUAGCCAAGAAUUUUAUCCACUGUAAUGUUUACAAUUUGUACAAAGCAAAAAAAGUGUGUAAUUAUAGUGAGCAAUAUAGUUUUGCUGGUGUUAUCUGAUGUUUGCCAAAAAAGAAUAAAAGAUGAAUGAAUUAAAUCAACACGUUUGUUCAAAUUGUCAUUCUUUAAUGAUUUUAAAACUUAGAAACGGAAAACUUAUUUUGCUUCAGAAUUUUAUCUAGCCUUUGUUUUGUCCUGACACACAAUUGAGAAUAAUACAAUCACAAAUUCUUGCAUUUAAGGGCUUUAAAAUAAAUAUAAGUGCCUUGCAUUAUGCCCAGAUAAAAUAGAGGGAGAUAGUAAAAUAAUAGCUGUUUAAACCAUGGCUCUUAAAUAUCGGGUAGAAGCUUUAGAACCUUUUAGAAUAAUGAAGGUUAAUUUAGAGAAAACGUAUUGGAAGAAUAUUCUAAGACUUGUAGGUAUUAAAAAAGAAACGUUUGCAAAAAUGUGAAACAGAAAGGAAGUUUGUGCAAAUUAAUAUCAUAGAAUUGUUAACAUAUCAUCUUGGCGUAGUGUGGGUUGUCAUGAACUAGCUAAAGGGCAGUUCAACUGAUUCCUUAAAGAUUUAAUUGGUAAUGUAAUACUGUUUAAUACUUUCAUUGAACAAAUGAGUUGUUUUUUUCACUGUCUCCUAUGUCUUCUGAUACGUUGAUUCUUCUAUCUUAAAUCUUGUUUAAAAUAACCUUUCUCCAUCUUGCAGGCCAAAGGGGCGGGAAACAAAAACAAGCCUCAUGGGGUUUCUGAUUCUUUUAAAAAAUUAAGAGUAGAUUUUCAGAAACAUCAAUUCUUGUCCAUUAACCCUCCAUUGUUUUCGUGUAUAUCAGAACCUUCGAAUUACCAUGCUUGGUAGUUGGAAUACGUAGUACUUGGUUGGAAUGCUUCAUUCAGCCUACUUCACCCAGCUUACUUCUGGCUUCAGCUAAAAUAGCACCUACCUAGGCAAACCUCCCUUGACCCCCCUGACCUGGGCUGUGUGGAGUACUCUGGUUAAUGAAUUUCUUUGUAGUACCUACACAUUUGUAAUUAGUUAUAUUUAGUUGUUUAUUAUCUAUUUUUCACCUAGUCUUUAAGUGCGAAGCAGGAAUUAAAUGUGGACUAUUCUCACAGUAUCUCACACGUUGCCUGGCUUAUUUUAGGUGCUUAGUAAAUGUAUGUUGGCAGUCUCAAAAUGCCAAUUGAGAUGAUAGGAUAUAUGACCAGGGAGUUGCAGUUAGGCUAUGAGACCACUGGGAACAGAGAGACUUAGAAUUGUGCUUGCUCACAAAAGGCCUGUUUUGCAGUUUACCUUCUCCGUGGGUGAAUUCUUCAGGUCUUUUUGUUGAUUGAAGAGAAGAAGUAAGCCUAAUCUAAAAUAAGGAAAAUCAGUUCAGGGAAAUAUUAAAAACUUAAUAUACUGACCAGAGGGGUGUUUAUAGUUGUCUUAUUUCAGUAUGAUCAGGAUGGCUAUUAUACCUUACUGAAACAAAUUACUGCCUUUCUACAAGGCUGCUGAAUUUAUCAGGUCUCUGAUCUUUUUUUUUUUUUCUGAUCAGGGAUGGUUGGUAAUCUAUCUCCUGAUUUUUCUUUUCUGGGUCACCCUUGUCUUGACAUAAGGAAAGUUCUAUAUAUUGUAUAUAAUUUCAACCAAUCCACUGUUAGCAUGGGAAUUAUACCAAAAACUUCAAUGCUAGAGUGAUGAGCAAAAUUAAUGACCUCAUUAAAAAAUAAAUAAAUUGCUAUUUUUGAAUUGGGCAUACUUUUUUUUUUCUUACUUGAAAUUGGAAAGGUUAUAUACCAGAUCAGGAUUUUCCAACUGUGGCACUAUUAAUAUUUUCAGCUGGAUAAUUAUUUAUUGAGAGGGACUGGCCUUUGCAUUGUGAGAUGUUUAGGAGCAUCCCUGAUUUCUACUUACUAAAUGCCAAUUACAUCUCAACAUAAAUAAAAAAUCCUCACAACUGGACUAAUAGCAUUGAGGUUGUCAAGAAUUUCAUUGUACUUGGAUCCACAGUCAACAUCCAUGGAAGCAGCAGUCCAGAAAUCAAAAGAUGCAUUGCAUUGGGCAAAUCUGCAGCAAAAGACCUCUUUAAAGUAUUGAAAAGCAAAGAUGUCACCCUGAGGACUAAGGUGAGCCUGACCCAAGCCAUGGUGUUUUUAAUUGCCUCAUAUGCAUGUGAAAGCUGAACAAUGAAUAAGGAAGACUGAAGAAUUGACACCUUUGAAUUGUGGUGUUGGUGAAGAGUAUUAAAUAUACCAUGAACUGCCAAAAGAAUGAGCAAAUCUAUCUUGGAAGAAGUACAACCAGGAUGCUCCUUAAAAGCAAGGAUGGCGAGACUACGUCUCACAUACUUUGGGCAUGUUAUCAGGAGGGAUCAGUCCCUGGAGAAGGACAUCAUGCUUGGUAAAGUAGAUGGUCAGCAAAAAAGAGGGAGACCCUCAACGAGAUGGAUUGAUACAGUGGCUGCAACAAUGGGCUCAAGCAUAGCAACGAUUGUGAGGGUGGCACAGGACCGGGCAGUGUUUCAUUCUGUUGUGCACAUGGUCACUACAAGUUGGAACCGACUUAAUGGCACCUAACAACAACAAAUGGCAGUAGUACCCCCCUCUUGAGUUGUGACAACAAAAAAUGUUUUGAGGCAUUGCUAAAUGUCUCUUUGGGGACAAAAUUGUCCCCAGCUGAAAAUUAGUUGAGAACUUGAGAAGUUCCAAUGAAACCUUUUAGAACAAAAAUUAGGCACUAGGUAGGGUUAUCAACCGCCUUUAGUGACCAUGGCAGCUGCCGAAUGCCAGACUUUACGUGAACUCUCUUUGGAAGUCGGUGAACCUUAACUCUCUUUUUCCUUCUCUCUUCAUGUUGUAUCCAUACCUACUGAGAUGUGUUUAUUUGACUUGUGGUAGCAGUCAUAAUAGACUGGGUUAUCCUGUGGUAAUGAAGAUUUUGGUGGCUCCCAAAAAAGGAAUAUUUCUUGUAUGUGCUACCUUUCUAUUGCAAGUUGACUGGGGGCUCUGCUCCAUGUCUACACUCUGAAAUCAACAUUAUUGGAGUUAUCACCUUCUUAAAUUUUGCUAGGAGAGAGCAAUCUAGAGGGUCUCCCUCCAGCAAAUGAACACUAUGGCCUGGAAGAGGCACAUCUCAUUUCAAUUCAUUGGCCAGAUUUAGUCACGUGGCCUCCCAUAUUACCCAAAGAGGAGAGUGGCCAGAGUGCAGUCCUACCAGGUGUCCUGAUGGCAGGGAGCUAGGAUAUUUGGUGAAGACAAUUAAGGAUCGCUGCACGCGAACUGCAAAUAUUGACAUUUGAGGUUAGACCUAGACUUGAAAACUUGACCCCUAGUACUUAUUUGCUAUUUAAACUCAUUACCCCCAAGUCAAUUCAGACUCAGAGCAACCCUGUAGGACAGAGUAGAACUGCCCCAUAGGGUUUCCAAGGAGCGGCUGGUGGAGUCGAACUGCCAACCUUUGGUUAGCAGCUGAGCUCUUAACCAUUGCACCACCAGGGCUCCUACUGGCUAUUUAAGUUCAUGCA